UUUGAACGAUGACUAAUAAACCAUUGUGACUUGCUCGUUGUAUAGAUUGUGAAUUGUGGCGAAAUUUUGUUUGCAGUAUUCUGUGAUUUUAUUCAAGAAGCAUUUAUUACUAAUAAUGACGACGCUUUUUUAUGCUGAUCCAGAAUUGAUAAUAGCGUUAAAUAGAAAAGUUAUCUUCGUAAAUCCAAAUGAUUUGCAAAUAUUUAAGGAGAUCGAGUUGCCUGAAGACUUAAAAGCAUGUGGGUUGAAAACACUCAAAGACGUCGACGGAGCCGCAGAAGCUGGUGGGAGUAACGAACAAUGUAAAGCGUCGAAGAAACUAAAAGAAGUGAAUAUUGAAACGCCCAGCAUACUACAUGUGCAACUUUCACCCGAUAGACGACUGUGCGCAGUAACCACAGCAGGUCAGAAGGCCGUUCUUCUGUAUCAGUGCCACCCGGAAUACGCAAAACUUAUUUCAGUUCGUCCACUGGCACGUGCUUCCAGCGCUCUUACGUUUAGCAAUGACUCCACUGCAUUGUUGGUGACUGACAAAUCGGGCGAUUGCUACAAGUAUGAUUGUGUGAACUUGGAAGAUGAACCCAGUCUUCUACUCGGACACCUUAGUAUAGUUUAUGAUGCUUUAUGGACUCCAAAUGCCGAAUAUAUUAUCACUUGCGACAGAGACGAUAAAAUACGCGUAACGAACUAUCCUGAAACACAUGAUAUACACGGCUACUGUUUGGGACAUAAAGAAUUUGUGUCCGGGAUUGCUCUACUAGACACGGAUACCAUAGUUUCUGUAUCUGGGGACAAAACAUUGCGUAUAUGGAAUUUCGUUAGUGGCCAAGAAGUGGCAAAGAUAGACUUACCUGCACCUGCUUUACGGAUUUGCUUGCGUUCGACUGGAGAAAAUACGUUCCAAGCGGCUGUGUUGCUAUAUCAGCCUGACGAAUGCAUUGGUGUUUAUGAGCUUAGAAAGAACGAUGCAGACAAGUGGGUUAUUUCGGUAAGCGCGGUACUGCAGUUUCCGGAAGUGAUUGUUAGCAAUAUAUGUUUUGUAAAUGAAAGUCUUUAUGCUACUGGUAUUAUUGACGAACACUUCAGUUUGAAAAUAUCUAAAUUGUCGGAGAAGGCGUCAGAUGUACCAGAAAAUUGGGUCAAGAUGGUUGAAGAGCAGUUCAAAACGGAGGUGUGGAAGCCUGAAGACGUGUCGGCAUGGUUCAAGAAGCGCUAUGACAACGUCAGCGAGUACUUAGAACGCAAAAAACGACGAAUCGAAGAAAAACAAAAAUAGUAUUUUCGAAAGCAGUGAAUGAAAUAUGCGAAAUUAAUUUCUAUCGGCAAUACGUAAAUAAAGUUUAUUUUGUUACUUGAGUAA